GACUGAGCUUGAAGGUACAAAGAAGGUUCCGUUUUUUGGUGAACCAGCUAUUAUUGUCAACAUUGAUACUGAAGACACCUGCACACAUGAAGUUUCUGUUCCUGCAAAUUACAAGUUUGAGUCUUUGAAACCGCUGAACGAAAAACCUGCGAAAGAGUAUCCGUUUAAAUUGGAUAGUUUCCAGAGGAAAGCCGUCCAAUGUAUUGAGAACAACCAGUCAGUCCUAGUCUCAGCCCACACCUCAGCAGGGAAGACUGUUGUAGCAGAGUAUGCCAUCGCUGUAUCACUGAGGGAUCGUCAACGUGUCAUUUAUACUACACCGUUGAAGGCUUUGAGUAACCAGAAGUACAGAGAGAUGUAUGAGGAGUUUAAAGACGUCGGACUAAUGACCGGAGACACUACCAUUAAUCCAACAGCAUCGUGUAUUGUCAUGACUACUGAAAUAUUAAGGAGUAUGUUAUACAGAGGAUCAGAGGUGCA